ACGUGGAAAUUAAUGGCGGUAAAUUUCAAAUUUAGUACACGCUUCAUUGAAAAUUGCCUUUUGGUGUAUAUCAACUUGAGGCAAAGAAUGGCGCUAUGUUAUCAAAAAAUCUAAAGCAACGUGUGGUAGUUGACAUAACCUACAAUCUACAGAACUUGAUAAUAAAUAUUUAUAUUAAUUAUAAAAAUUAUUAAAAAUGGUUAGAAAAUUAAAGUAUCAUGAAGCAAAACUGUUGAAAAAAGUUGAUUUUAUUUCUUGGAAAGCUGACAAUAAUUUACAUGAAGUUAAAAUUUUAAAACGAUAUCGCAUACAAAAACGAGAAGAUUAUACCAAGUAUAACAAAAUGUCACGAGAAAUUCGUGAUUUAGCUAGAAAAAUAAAGGAAAUAGAUCCAAAGCAUCCUUUUAGAAUUGAACAGAGUGCAUUAUUGUUGGAAAAGUUAUACAUGAUGGGUUUAAUUGCAACGAAAUGGGAUUUAUCACUUUGUGAAAAAUUAACUGCAUCAUGUUUUUGUAGAAGAAGAUUACCUGUGGUAAUGGUAAGAAAUAAGAUGAGUCAAAGUGUUAAAAUGGCAACACAACUUAUCGAACAAGGUCAUGUUAGAGUUGGAACGGAAGUUGUAAAAGAUCCUGCUUUCUUAGUAACAAGAAAUUUGGAAGAUUUUGUUACAUGGGUGGAUACCUCCGCCAUUAAAAGACAUAUUUUGGAAUAUAAUGACAUUAGAGAUGAUUUUGAUAUUUAAUUAAAAUAUGGAUGAUGUCUGUUAUAUUUCUAAUAUUAAUGACCAAUAUUGUUGUAAAUAAAUUUUUUAAAACGGAAA